GCCUGGCUGGCAUUGUGUUCCAUACAACCGGGCUCAGCUAGGAGGGGAUACUUGAGUGAGGGAGCCGGGCUCAGGGCAUAGACGCAACAUGUCGAUGGAGGAUCCUUUCUUUGUGGUGAGAGGAGAGGUGCAGAAGGCAGUAAAUACAGCUCAAGGCUUAUUCCAACGAUGGACAGAUCUCCUUCACGACCCAUCCACUGCCACACGAGAGGAGCUGGACUGGACCACCAACGAGCUACGCAACAACCUGCGCAGCAUCGAGUGGGAUCUAGAGGACUUGGAUGAGACCAUUAGUAUUGUGGAAUCCAACCCACGCAAGUUCAGUCUGGACCCAGCUGAACUGAAGCAACGGAAAAUGUUUAUCAGUGAAACGCGUCAGUGUGUAAAGGAAAUGAAGGAUCAGAUGACCAGUCCAUCUGUACAGGCCUUGGCUGAGAAAAAGAACAGACAGGCUCUACUCGGAGAGGGGACAAGGCAAGGUUGGAACCAAGAAGCAGAUAAAUACAAGGGCUUGGAUCACGAUCUGCAGACCGCUAACUCAAAGUUUUUAGAUGGUCAAGUUGGGCAGCAGCAGAUGAUUAUGGAGCAACAAGAUGAAGAGUUAGAGCUGGUGUCUGGCAGUAUCGGUGUCCUAAAGAACAUGUCACAGCGGAUUGGCAACGAGUUGGAUGAGCAAGCGGUGAUGCUAGAUGACUUUAACCACGAGUUAGAUACAGCACAGACUCGCAUGGAUAAUGUACUGAAGAAACUAGCAAAGGUGUCACACAUGACCAGUGAUCGGCGACAGUGGUGCGCUAUCAUUGUGCUGCUUGUUCUUCUGCUGGUUGUGCUCAUAUUAUUUUUUUCACUCUGACUCAGAAGACUGUUCCUCACAUAGGACAUUAUAGAAAACAAACACUAACCUUGACACAGUGUGUUGUGAAGUGGUAUUGCUGUGAAGAAUCUGGGAAAAUGAAGCUUAAUACCAUGUGGUCAAUAACUACUCCUAGCUUCUUCAAGUUCUUCUUGAUUGCACAAUUGCGUUGUACGGAAUUCUCUCUCCUACAGAUAUCUGUUCACUUUCCUUGGUGUGAACGACGGCUCCUUCAGAGUUCUCUUCCAACCUUUUAAAGAGAAGUGGCACAUUGUUAUGGUGUAUCAUGUCUACGUAGUCAGGAGAGAAGUAAGAUCCGUGAUUUUCUACGACCAACUUUGGUAUGGGACAUUUUAAAGAAUGUGUGUGGAGUGUUGAUUAUAGACACGUCAAGUCUUAUAAACCCAGUGGGCAAUAAGGCUUAAGGUGACCCACAACUACAGGCACGGACCUACAGCUAAGAGUGCUAGGCACCCAUGGUCAUCAUUUCAAGAGGCCAGUUCUUCACAUACUGCACAUGUUCUAACACUAACCAUUUCUUUUGAUUCCCAAAAAGGUUUACACACACAAACGUUUUUUACAAUUAUGAGUUUAAAAAAAAAACUUAAGUUCCGAUUUCUACCUAUAAACACUGGAAGCUAUUACUGUUGCAGUAUUAACAGAGUUGGAUUUGAGUCUUAAUCACUGUAAAAACCCAUAAACAUUCUACAACUGGUGGAUAUUAGAACUGCAUUUUAAGAAUUUCUUCUACAACCUAAGAAGCUCUGGUGUAGUAUUUACUGAAUUAUGACAUUUCUUCUUGCUUAAAUAUUUUCCACUAGAACUGUCCCAGAAGACUUUAAUGAAUUGGGUGAUGUAUGUAUUGUAUAUGCACUAUACAGAGGUGUGCCAUCGUUUGACCUGCUGAUAAUUUGUAAAAUAAUUUCUUUGUAUUGCUGUGGGGUUUUGUGGCGAACUCUUGUUUACAUACUGUAUCUGUAUGAACACUACUGAAUCUGCAUUGUGUGUGUUUUAUAGUAGACCGGGCUCUGAUUAUGUUGUACUGUCCUGAGCCCUGGUAUCCAUGUGUGUUUUAUGUUGUACAGCCCUUCCGUCUCUGUAUCUUUAGCUUGUCUCUAGCCCAUCUUGCAUGGGAUGUUUUAGCACCAGUUGCUAUACUGUGUAUUCAACCGUCUCUUGAUCCUAUGUUUUAAAAUUAGCAAUGUUUUAUUGAACCAAAGGCAGACUUACUAUAUGUAUGCCGAUAUUGUAACGGCAAUGUAAGCUACUAUUUAAUCCAUUGUAUAUGUCUUAAGGACAUUAUACACGCAUUGGAUUCACGGACCAGCAAAGGGUUAUAAUACAUUCUGAAAUUGGCUUCGUAUUUUUGUAUACUACAUUUUAUAUAUUUUUUUAGCCGUUUUUUUGUUCAGCUAGAAAUGUAUGCAAUAUUUUUAUUAGCUUUGCCGACUUCUCUGCAGUAAAACUGGAUAGCAGCAGUCUUUUUAUUGUAAAUACUUCAUUUGACAUAGAACUGGUGUAUUAACUUAAAUUAGUUAGUAUGGCUUAAAGGGACAGUUUACUCAAAUAUUUUCUCCCCUUUAAUUUGUUCCCAAUGAUCCACUUUACCUGCUGGAGUGUAUUAAAUUGUUUACAAGUAGCUCCUUUACCCUUAUAUUGGCAUUUGAAAUGGUUAAUUUAGCAUGUAGUAUCCCCACCUAUUCUGAAAGUUUGUGGCCGUGCGUACCAGCUAUAGAUAAGCUUUGUAAACACAGCCAGCAGAAGAAAUUAUACUCCCAGUGGGAUAAAACAGAGAUAAGGUAAUAAAAUGUUGAUUUUCCAUUGUUCUCUCAAAGUAUUGGUGAUUGUUUUAAGGACAGAUAUAAGAUAAAGAAGCAGGUAUAUGUGCACAAUGUGAUACAGUAAUGAGAUCUGAUUAUACCUACAAGCUCAACCUAUUUUAUUAGGUUGUGGCAUCAAAACACAAAAUCAGAGCUUUAAUAUACAGAAAUAAACCUUAAAAAGCUCAUUUUCAUACAUUUUUUACUCUGUAGUUGGUAAAAAAAGCAAUUGUAAACACAUAAGGGAAAAACUAUUUUACAGUAUACUGUCCCUUUAAUACUGUUUUGUUUUUAAAAAAUGUUUUGCUUGUAUGUGUUUAGCAUUUUUAUUGAAAAAUCGCCCUGUUGCAGGCAAUGCACUAUCCUGAACCCAUUCUCAUAAUACAUUUUAUAUCAUUGUCCUUGAUGGGAAGUGCACGUGCCUGUGUGUUACAGGUAGACAGUAACAGUGCACAUGCAUAGCUUAUCCAACUGUACACGGUAGUCGGUGCCUGGGUAUUAUCACUUGUUUCUUAACAGCAGUGAGCAGACACAAGGGUGUUUUUCUUUGUUCUCUUGGUAUCUUUAUUUGAAAAGCAGGAAUAACAGCUUACCGUUAGUUACCAAUCAGCAAGCACUACCCAGGUUGCUGAACCUAAAAUGGGCCGGCUCCUAAGCUUUCAUUCCUGCUUUUUUAAAUAAAGAUACCAAGAGAACGAAGAAAAAUUGAUGAUAGGAGUAAAUUAGAAAGUUGCCUAAAAUUGUAUGCUCUAUCUGAAUCAUGAAAGACAACAUUUAGGUUUAGUGUCCCUUUAAUAUCCUCUUGCACUUUCAUUUGUAGUCGGCUACUGAUCUACUUUUCCUCCGUUCUUCUGUACUCGCGGAAUUCCUGUAUAAAUGUAAAUAAACAAAUACAACUUGAAAGCUAAAUCUGUGUGGAUGACAUUAUGGUUUAAAUAAAUAUGAUUUCUGAUGCCCCACCGAUAA